AUGGACAAUGAGUCGAUUACUGAGCCGUCGAGGAAGAGGUUGAGGACGAGCCAUGCCUGCGAUACAUGCCGCGCCAGGAAGAUCAGGUACGUGCGGCCAAGACCAAGCAACAAGGCCCAGGUCGUCCCAGGCUCUCGGUUCCGCGCCAUCUGCAGGAAACAAGAGAAGAUUAACGAUGUCUCGCCCAGAUGCAACGGCAACACGCCAUGCGCCUCGUGCUCUGCAUCGCAGCAGGAAUGCACCUAUGGAUCCGAGGCGAACUCACGCGGGAAGAGCGACCUCAUCCUCGAGGGCGUACUGAGGGUGGAGAAGUUCCUCCACGAGAUGAAGGCCACCAUCGUCAGUCCCGCCGCCUCCUCGUUCCACUUUUCACCGAACCCGUCUCACGAUGGGGUCUUCAAGGGCGCGCCGCCGUUCACCGACAGUCGUCCGGCCGUGGUCUCGCCGGCCCUCCGCUCGGCCUCGCGCGGGUCCUUCUCCGGCUCGCCCCUGAACGAGAUCCACCACCCGCAGCGCACCCCCAUCUCCGAGCCGCUGUACCAGAACAACUACGAGAACGCCGUGCUGGACUCCAUGCACACGAGCACCACCGAGUCCAUCCUCCAAUGGCCGCACUUCGAGGCCUUCCCGAGCAUGAAGGAUGACUACGUCUCCAUCUUCCACCUCGAGCAGUCGCGGCCCGUGGUCAAGACACGCUCAACGGUCAUGUAUCCUUACGUGACCGCCGAGGAGAUUGAUGGCAUCAUCGAGUCGUUCGAGCUCACCAUCAACUUCUGGUACCCGACCAUGUCCUGCGGUCAGCUCGCGCAAGUGCGGAAGCUGAUUUCAGAUGGGAUCCCUGAAGAAGACAGCAUCCUCGUGUGCCUGGCACUUCUGACGAUGGCACUCGGCUGCGCAGGUCAAGUAACUGCCGGUCUGACCACCGGGACGACGCUGAGCGAGGAGGAGCGGAAGCGGAGGCUCGCCAGACGGGCCAUGGGCGACAUGUACUUUGACAGCGUGCUGAAGAAGCUGCAUGUCGUACACACUAAUGUGGGCAGCACUGCAACCCAUUGUCUCUUCUUUACAGCCAUGUACUUUGCCUUUCUCCGUCGGCCGCUGCAGGCAUGGGAGUACAUCAAUGCAGCCUCCGCCAAGUGUCUCCUACUGCUGUCUUAUUCUCCGGAGUCAGAAUCAGAAGAAGACCAGGAACGCAUUCGCAGGAUCUUCUGGUCGUGCUAUAUUCUGGAGAGCGACUACCUCGCGGAGCUCAAUGGCCUGCCCCAAUCAGGCAUCGCCCGGAUCGAAUCUUCCACGGCCCUGCCGGGCCAAUACAAUACCCAUCGUGACAGCAAAGUCGAAGAGAAGUCUUCAUUGUACUUCCUCGCCUGCAUCUCCAUGCGCCGCCUCCUCAAUCGCGUCCACCAGCUCCUCUACGCACGCGACACCGGCACCGCCCUCGACCACACCCGCUUCCCCUACGUCGUGGCCGAGCUGAACCACCAACUGGACGAGUGGCGCGAUGUCCUCCCGGCCGCCUUCAAGUUUGAGGUAGGCUUUAAUAACAUCGGCAACCAGAGCACCCCGACAGAGCACGGUGGGUUCUUACGGCAGAGAUACCUCACCUGCCGGAGUGUGAUAUACCGGCCAUACCUGAUGUGGAUGCUGAGCGGUAGGGCUGGCCGUGGUGAGGCAAAUUCUGAACUCCUCAUCAACCAGGACUCUUUGAAUAAUUGCAAGGCUUGUCUGGAUGCUUGUUUGUUGCACAUCCUCAACCUCAGGGGGUUUGGACAGACGGUUCUGGUAGACACGUGGAUUUGCUCGCUCUCGAUGGCCGGUGCAAUGCUUGUCUUGCUUGCAGCCUGCCGUAUUCCGCAACUCAAAGACAUGAUCCCCUCUGAUAUACUCGGAGCUGGUGAUCAUUUAAAGCAGCUUCUACAGAGCUGGCAGUCCGUCAUGGGAGACCCGACCUCUCCGAGCGUGGAUCAGAGCAUCAGGAUGAUCAGCGAUGCAGAUCGAUUCAUUCAGGAGGUGUACCACGCAGGAGACUCGUUCUCUAUGAGGAGGCGUUAG